AUGUUUCAUAGAACCAACACACAAAUGUCUGCGAUAUUGGUGCUUCUUCUUCUUGGAAUAUUAUCUUCCAUUACAGUUACUGAAUCAAUAGGAGUUUGCUAUGGACAACGUGGUGAUUCUUUACCAUCAAAGCAAGAAGUUGUUGAUCUAUACAAAAGCAAUGGCAUAGAUAAAAUGCGUAUAUAUUUUCCAGAACCAGAAACCCUCGAAGCUCUCAGAGGUUCAGACAUUGAGGUGAUCAUGGACGUGGCUAGGGAAUCUCUUCAAUUCAUGACAGACCAAAACGCUUCCAUGGAUUGGGUGAACACAAACAUCGUACCCUAUGCACAAGACGUGAAUUUCAGAUACAUAGCAGUGGGAAACGAAAUUCAUUCAAAUGACAAUGAGUCUCAAUACAUUUUACCUGCAAUGACCAACAUUCACAAUGCAAUUUCCUCAGCCAAUUUGCAAGGUCAAAUCAAAGUCUCCACAGCAAUAGACACAACCCUGAUUUCCUACCCCUACCCACCCGAUAAUGGACUUUUCAAUUCACCGAAAUACAUGGAACCCAUCGUUGAUUUCUUGAAAAGCAAUGGAGCCCCACUUCUUGCAAACAUUUACCCUUACUUAGCUUACUUUGAAGAUCCACAAGACAUUCCUCUUGAAUACGCUCUUUUCACCCAGCGACGCAAGAACAGUGUUGGGUACCAGAACCUGUUUGAUGCAAUGCUUGACUCAAUAUAUGCUGCUCUUGAGAAAAAGGAGGCAUCUGAUGUGAAGAUUGUUGUUUCUGAGAGUGGGUGGCCAUCUGAAGGUGGAGAUGGAGCUUCAACACAAAAUGCAGCCACUUACUAUGCAAAUUUGAUUAGUCAUGCAAAGAGUGGGAUUGGAACUCCGAAGAGACCAGGUGGGCCUAUAGAGACUUACUUGUUUGCGAUGUUUGAUGAAAAUAACAAGCGAGGUUAUAAAUUUGAGAGACAUUUUGGUCUAUUCACUCCUGAUAAAUCACCUAAAUACCAACUUAGUUUCAAUUAGUUGAAAUUGAUAUGCAAAUUAUAAGAUAGAUUUAUAUACAUAUACUUCUUGUUUAGUUUGAAUAGGUGUGAGGUGUCCAAAUAAAAUUAUGGCAGGCCUCAUAAUAAACUUUGAUAUCUUAGUUUGCCGUUAACAUUUCAAAGUCUAUCGAUUAUUUGUCAUGUCUAGUAAAAUGUGUUUGUACUUUUAAAUUACCAAUAUGUGAGAUCAUAGUUUUUGUUUUGUAA